AACUUGAAGAGUAUGUCACCAGAGAGACUGAGACAUCACCAGAUAAAUGUUGAAACGAGAAGAUGAAGUGAUUGAACAUAUUGAGAUGUAAUAUCUAAAGAACGAACUUUGUUCAGACGACCGAGCUCAUACGUAGCCAAGUCCAUCUACAUAAUAAGUCUCUAAUUAAGCGAUAAGCAAACUCUCUAUACUGCGUGGGCGUCAUAACUGUGCUUGUAUUCUCUAGCUACUGAGCUCUACCGUACAAUUUGAGACUCUCCGACUACCCAUGGUCAUCGUAAAAGAACGAAAAGAGACGGAUAUCGACAGCCAGAGCCAUGGAUAACCAUGACACACUGCUAUGUCUCCAUUUAUCCUUCUUGCCGGAAAAUUAUGCUUUGUGGUGUUUCUCUAGAAGCUGGAACACGAUCCAGCUUUAAAACUAAAGAUGGUUCCUCUGAAAUUUACCUUUACAAUCUUCAGCAACUGGACAACUACAACACCUCAUAUUCUACACGCCUCAUGCCGCCCGGUUUCUUCCUGGCAGUACAAUAUAAGAGAGUGUCUACACAUACCUCAUCUGGAACGCUGCAGCACAAUUCGCUUCUGUCCCAAUCAUGUCUACGGCUGUAUUCUCAAAACUGGUUGCGGGAAUAGAUACGACAAACAAGACUAGGUCCGGAAAAAGAGCUUGGAAAACCGAC